GCCCUGCGGAGCCCGCACAACUCCGGCAAGCCGGGCCUGCCGGCGCCUCCUCCUCGUCCUCCUCCUCUCCCCAGCAGCGGCGGCGGCGGCGGCGGUGGCGGCUUCAGCUCGGCCCUGCGCCCGCCCUUAGGCCAUCGCGGCGAGGCCCCGGGCGGGCGGCGGCUGCCGGGCGGCGCGGCCACGGCCGCUGCCCGGCUCGGGCCGGCGGAGGGCGGAGCGCGGAGCCAGAGCCGAGGGCACACCGCGGAGGGGCGCACGCAGGCCUUCGGGCCGCGCCGUGCUGGGCCGCGCCGUGCCCUGCCGGGCGGCGGCUGCAGCAGGAGGCCGGAGGCGAGCGCGGGGCCGGCGGUGGGCGCGCAGGGCCGCCCGCAGCCCGCAGGGAGAGCGCGAGCCUGCGGCCGGGGCCCGGCCGGGCGUCCAGACAGGAGCCCGGCUGGAGCGCCCGCCCCGCGGCCUCGCCUCCCCGCCGAGCCGCCAGCGCCUCGGGACGCGAUGAGGACCUGGGCUUGCCUGCUGCUCUUCGGCUGCGGAUACCUCGCCCAUGCCCUGGCCGAGGAAGCCGAGAUUCCCCGCGAGGUGAUUGAGAGGCUGGCGCACAGUCAGAUCCACAGCAUCCGGGACCUCCAGCGACUUCUGGAGAUAGACUCCGUAGGGGCCGAGGAUCCUUUGGAAGCGAGUCUGAGAGCCCAUGGGGGCCAUGCCUCCGGGGGCCACGCCACCAAGCAUGCCCCCGAGAAGCGGCCCGUGCCCAUUCGGAGGAAAAGAAGCAUUGAGGAAGCCAUUCCCGCGGUCUGCAAGACCAGGACGGUCAUUUAUGAGAUACCUCGGAGUCAGGUUGACCCCACGUCUGCCAACUUCCUGAUCUGGCCCCCGUGCGUGGAGGUGAAGCGCUGUGCGGGCUGCUGCAAUACCAGCAGUGUCAAGUGCCAGCCUUCCCGCGUCCAUCACCGCAGUGUCAAGGUGGCCAAGGUGGAAUACAUCAGGAAGAAGCCAAAGUUAAAAGAGGUGCAGGUGCGGCUGGAGGAGCAUCUGGAAUGCACGUGCACGGCCACCGGCCUGAACCCGGACCACCGGGAGGAGGAGACAGGAAGGCGUAGGGAGUCAGGUAAAAAACGGAAAAGAAAAAGGUUAAAACCCACCUAACGCAGCCAACCAGAUGUGAGGUGAGGAUCAGCCAGCAGCCCUUUCUCGGGACACGGAUGUACAUGGCGUGUUACAUUCCUGAACCUACUAUGUACGGUGCUUAUUGCCAGCGUGUGGUCUUUGUUCUCCUCCGUGAAAACUGUCUCCGUGCGCACCCUGGAGAACAAAGAGACAGUAUACAUUUGUUUAAUGUGACAUCAAAGCAAGUAUUGUAGCACUCGGUGAAACAAUAAGAAGCUUCCUUGUCAAAAAAAAAAAAAAAAAAAAAGACAGAGAGAGAAAGAGCAAACAGAACCACGAAACAUGACAAACAAAACUGACUCACAGAGAUAUCUACAGUUGUUGGAAUGGAGGGACGCCCCGUGGGACGGACACGACGUGCCUCGGCGGACGGACCGGGUUUCUGUCCAGGGUGGUCACAGGUGCUUCUGCCCGGGACACAGCGCCUAAUUUCCGGAGUAGUCCGCGCAGGUGCCGAGGGCCCUGCGGGGCACACGGGACUCAGAAACACAUCUCUUUGCCGUAGUGUUUAAGUCUAUACAGAAACCUUCCCGAGAGCCUUAAGUGGAUUUUUUUUACACCAUAAAGUGAUUAUUAAGCUUUCCUUUUUACUCUUUGGCUAGCGUUUUUUUUUGUUUUGUUUUUUUUGUUUUUUUUUUUGUUUUUUUAAUUGUCUCUUGGAUGACAUUGACACCGAUAAUGCCAGGCUGCUGUAAGUCAGGACAGUGGGACGGUAUUUCUCCUCGCAGGAUGCAAACCGAAUGAGAUGUAUUAAAAUAAACAUGGUAUACCCACCUGUGCAUCA